CAAAAUGGAACAACAACAACAAAAUAAUAAUAUAAAAAUAAACUCGAGAAAACAAAGAAAUGAUGUUAUUCCGAUUGAAUUGCUUAGUGAUGUAUUCAAAUCAUCCAAUGUUUCAUUAAAAGAAUUAAAAACGUCUUCAAGACAUUUGUGGAAAGAAAUUUAUGAACCGCUCUCUCUGCCUUCGAGUAUCAAGAGUAUGGAUGAACUUAAAAAGAAACUUAAGCAAGUUGUAAUCUUCAAAAACAUGGAAGAAGGUGGACUCAUAAAAUAUUGGCAUAAAGUUGCUAAAAAUAUUUUAACCUCUUCUGGAAUUGUUUAUUCUCUUGUAGGAGAAAGCUUUAGAAAAAUGAAGCUUAUUUUAAUGUCCGAACAAAAACAACUGGGACAGCAGGCACAAGAUUCUGUAAACGAAUUAAUUGUGUCGACUGGUGCAGCAGAUCUUCUCAAAACGCUGAUAGAUCGUGACUCUCGCCCACUUUUAUUAAAAGCACUUCAUCACAUUGAAUCACAAAAUAAAAAAAACAAGCAACUUUUGAAGUGGGUUAAGAAGCAGGCCCAACAAUUGGAACAACAAGGUAGUUUAGACAAGGAGAUGAUUGCUGAAGUCCGUAAUUUCUUCAGUAUGCCGCCUUAUGAGGAAACUGAUUCAGUCAAGGAAACGUUGACGAGAAGCAAAAGUAAUCCAUCUAAGCCAAACAACAGCCCAAUCAAAUGCAAGGAUUGUGGAGGUUCGUAUGCUACUCAAAAAAGUUUUAAACAACAUUUUGGUCAUCGACCACACAUAGAGGCUGUAAAAGCCAAGAAACGUCAAAGAGAGGCUGAAGAAGGGGAUCAGAAAAGUAAAGGUGGUGAAGAACCUGAACAGGAGGAAUUGGAUGAUGAUCCGUUAGCUCCUUCAUCUUCAAAAAAGGUUGCUCGUUAG